GCGAGUUGACGUAAUCUCGGUGAAUCAAGACAGUUUAUCAAUUCUCUCCGCCUGGCUGCAGAUUGACGCCCGUCUUUUCAUCUUUAAGGGAAAAAACGAUCUACAAGUUGUCCUUGGCCUCGAUUCGAGCUCCAAUCAGCGGAAGACACCACUAGAAUGGGUUUUUUUCGCCAGAGUGGACUUUACGACAGUUUGCCCGCUUGCGCAUUCUGAUAGAAAAACAACACGUUUGACGUCCGCUAGCUUAAUCGUUAGUAGUCGCCGCUGCCCUAUGCUGUCGGCGCUGCUGGAGUGACAGUCUUCGAAGGAGGGAGGCCACACAACGCAUUUUACUUGGAGAUUGUCCCCCACCGCAAACAUGUCCGGGGCGUCGGUAAAAGUCGCUGUUCGAGUUCGACCCUUCAACUCCAGGGAGACGAGCAAGGAUUCGAAAUGUAUCAUUCAAAUGCAAGGCAACACUACAACUAUCCUCAACCCCAAAGCCCCGAAAGAACCAGCAAAAACCUUCAGUUUUGAUUACUCCUACUGGUCCCACACGACGCCGGAAGACCCCUGCUUUGCUGCGCAGAACCAAGUGUACAAUGACAUUGGCAAGGAAAUGCUGCAGCACGCCUUCGAGGGCUACAACGUGUGCAUUUUUGCUUAUGGCCAGACUGGAGCUGGCAAAUCCUACACCAUGAUGGGCAAACAGGAGGAAGGCCAGGAGGGAAUCAUUCCCAUGCUUUGUGAGGAUCUGUUUGAGAAAAUCAACGAGGAUAGCAACAAAGAGGAGCUCUCCUAUUCUGUAGAGGUCAGUUACAUGGAGAUCUACUGUGAGCGGGUGCGAGAUCUGCUCAAUCCCAAGAACAAAGGGAAUCUCCGGGUGAGAGAGCAUCCGCUUUUGGGCCCCUACGUAGAGGACCUCUCCAAGCUUGCCGUCACUUCCUAUACAGACAUCGCUGACCUCAUGGAUGCGGGCAAUAAGGCCAGAACUGUGGCGGCCACCAACAUGAAUGAGACCAGCAGCAGGUCCCAUGCAGUUUUCACCAUUGUCUUCACGCAGCGAAAACACGACAGUGAGACAGACCUUUCCACUGAAAAAGUCAGUAAAAUUAGUCUUGUGGACUUGGCAGGAAGUGAAAGAGCAGAUUCCACUGGAGCUAAAGGCACCCGGCUGAAGGAGGGAGCAAACAUCAAUAAGUCCCUAACCACGUUAGGAAAGGUCAUCUCUGCCCUGGCUGAAGUGGAUAACUGUACCAGCAAGAGCAAGAAGAAAAAGAAGUCAGACUUCAUCCCAUACAGAGACUCCGUUUUGACAUGGCUCUUGAGGGAGAACCUUGGCGGAAAUUCCAGAACUGCAAUGGUUGCUGCCCUCAGUCCUGCUGAUAUCAAUUAUGAUGAAACUCUGAGCACACUGCGCUACGCCGAUCGAGCCAAGAAUAUCAAAUGCAAUGCUGUCAUCAAUGAGGAUCCUAACAAUAAGCUGGUGCGUGACCUGAAGGAUGAAGUGGCCCGACUGAAGGAGCUGCUGCGUGCACAAGGACUGGGAGACAUCCUGGACAUUGAUCCUCUGGGGGAUGAUUGCCCAGGAAGUGGAAUCAAAUGUGACACUACUCAAAGCUUUAGAAUGCCACUGCUCAGUUGUCAAGCUGAGGUUCAGAGCUUCAGACCAAAAGACCUCAAAGACAUUCAGAACAAUAAGAAUAGAUACUUGAUAGCCUCAGAGAACCAACGCCCUGGCCAUUUCUCCACAGCCCCUAUUGGCUCCCUGACAGCCUCUCCAUCCUCUGGCUCACUGUGCAGCCAGGGGGCCCUGCAGUCCGCCACCAGCAUACAGGAGCGGAUCAUGUCCACCCCCGGGGGAGAGGAAGCUAUUGAAAGACUCAAGGAAUCUGAAAAGAUCAUUGCAGAGCUCAAUGAAACUUGGGAAGAGAAGCUACGAAAGACCGAGGCCAUCCGCAUGGAGAGGGAGGCAUUACUUGCUGAAAUGGGCGUGGCAAUCCGCGAAGAUGGAGGCACUUUGGGGGUGUUCUCUCCUAAAAAGACUCCUCACCUGGUUAACCUGAACGAGGAUCCCCUCAUGUCAGAGUGUCUACUCUACUAUAUCAAAGAUGGAAUUACAAGGGUGGGACAGGCUGACGCUGAAAGAAGGCAGGAUAUUGUUUUGAGUGGUGCUCAUAUCAAGGAGGAGCACUGUAUUUUCCGCAGUGAGAGGAAUGCCAAUGGAGAUGUUAUCGUCAUGCUUGUGCCCUGUGAGGGAUCAGAGACUUACGUCAAUGGCAAGCGAGUUGAGGACUCCAUUCAGCUGCGUUCAGGAAACCGUAUCAUUAUGGGAAAGAACCACGUGUUCCGCUUCAACCACCCCGAGCAAGCCAGGGCGGAAAGGGAGAAAACGCCGUCGGCUGAAACCCCUGUGGAGCCAGUGGACUGGACCUUCGCUCAGAGAGAGCUUCUGGAGAAACAGGGUAUUGACAUGAAGCAGGAGAUGGAGAAAAGGCUGACCGAAAUGGAAAUCCUAUACAAAAAGGAGAAGGAAGAAGCUGACCAACUUCUUGAACAGCAGAGACUGGUAUAUGAGAGCAAACUACAGGAACUACAGAAACAGGUUGAGACUCGUUCUCUCAUUGCUGAAACACCCGAUGAGGAAGAGCUCGAGGAGGAGGAGGAAGAGGAAGUGCCGUGGACUCAGCACGAGUUCAACCUGGCUCAAUGGGCCUUCAGGAAGUGGAGGUUCCACCAGUUCACAUCGCUCCGUGACCAGUUGUGGGGGAAUGCCGUCUACCUGAAGGAGGCCAAUGCCAUCAGCGUGGAGCUCAAAAAAAAAGUCCAGUUCCAGUUCGUUUUACUGACGGACACCCUGUACUCGCCCGUGCCCCCGGAGCUCUUACCACCCGAACCUGAAAAAGAGCGUGACUCCAGGCCUUUCCCUCGCACGGUGGUGGCCGUUGAGGUCCAAGACCUGAAGAAUGGAGCCACACACUACUGGUCCCUCGAGAAACUCAAGCAGCGUCUGGACCAGAUGAGGGAGAUGUAUGACCGGGCCGGAGAAAUGGCUUCCACGCACCAGGAGGACUGUGGGGAAGGCACUCUGACUGGAAAUGACCCCUUCUAUGAUCGCUUCCAUUGGUUUAAGCUCGUGGGGAGCUCCCCCAUCUUCCACGGUUGCGUAAAUGAGCAUCUGACCGAACGCACGCCCUCGCCCACCUUCUCCACCACCGACUCUGAAAUCACCGAGCUGGCGGACGAGCGCCAGAGCGAGAUGUCCGACUUGAUGGACGACGAGGCGUUUGUCGACGACACCAGCUCGGACGCCGGCACGGAGGAGGGCUCGGAUAUCUUCAGCGAUGGCCAGGACCCCUUCUAUGACCGCUCCCCCUGGUUCAUCCUGGUGGGAAGAGCUUUUGUGUACCUGAGCAACCUGCUGUACCCCGUCCCACUGGUCCACCGUGUUGCCAUAGUAACAGAGAAAGGAGACGUGCGAGGUUUUCUGCGUGUUGGGGUUCAGGCCAUAGCUGCUGAUGAGGAGGCCCCAGACUACGGGUCUGGAGUAAGGCAAUCGGGAACCGCCAAGAUAUCCUUUGACGAUGACUACUUCAAAAAAAAUGACUUCCCAUCCACUGGUAUGACCCACUCUGGUUUGUCCCUGGAAGAGCUGCGCAUUGUGGAGGGCCAGGGUCAAAGUUCAGAGGUCAUCACCCCCUUAGAGGAGCUCAACAGAAUCAACGACAUGGACCUCAAGCUGGUAAACACCGCAGAAACCAAACAGCCUUGUGGUGACAGUCUACCGGGCCAGUUGGAGAUAGGCAGCACCUUCACCUUCCGCGUGACCGUGCUCCAGACCACCGGCAUCCCAUCAGAAUAUGCUGAUAUUUUCUGCCAGUUUAAUUUCCUGCAUCGCCACGAUGAAGCCUUUUCCACCGAGCCCUUGAAAAACACCGGCAAAGGCGCUCCUCUGGGUUUUUAUCAUGUGCAAAACAUUUCCGUUGAGGUGACAGAGUCCUUCAUUGAGUAUAUCAAGACCAAGCCCAUCGUGUUUGAAGUGUUUGGCCACUACCAGCAGCACCCGCUGCAUCUCCAUGGCCAGGACCUCAUCAGUCCUCCGACACCAUCCAGGAAGUACUAUCCUAUUCCAAUGCCACUGUCUAAACCUGUCCCAGCCACCAAGUUGAAUACAAUCACCAAGUCCAACCUGGGCCAGUGUGUCAGCAAAUACGACCUACUCGUCUGGUUUGAGAUCAGCGAGCUGGAGCCCACAGGAGAGUACAUUCCAGCUAUAGUGGAUCACAGUGGAGCACUGCUUUGCCACGGCACAUACCUGUUGCACCAGGGAAUCCAGCGGCGGAUCACUGUGACUUUAAUCCACGAAAAGGGUAGCGAGCUGCACUGGAAAGAUGUUCGCGAGCUGGUUGUUGGUCGCAUUCGGAACAAGGCUGAAGUGGACGAUGGCGCGGCUGAUGCCGUUUUGUCCCUUAACAUCAUCUCUGCCAAGAACAUCAAAUCUUCCCACAACUCGAACAGGACCUUCUACCGCUUCGAGGCAGUGUGGGACAGCUCCCUGCACAACUCCCUCCUACUAAACCGGGUUACUCCUUACGGAGAGAAGAUCUACAUGACUCUCUCGGCAUAUCUGGAGCUUGACCAUUGCAUCCAACCCGCUAUUAUCACCAAAGACAUCUGCAUGGUCUUUUACUCUCGAGAUGCAAAGAUCUCACCUCCCCGUUCCCUCAGGAAUCUUUUCGGGAGUGGGUAUUCUAAAACCCCAGACUGCAACCGUGUUACCGGAAUCUAUGAGUUGAGUUUGUGCAAGAUGUCCGAUUCUGGAAGUCCAGGCAUGCAGCGCCGGAGGCGGAAGGUUUUGGACACAUCAGUGGCCUACGUGCGUGGCGAGGAGAACCUGGCAGGUUGGAGGCCCAGAGGAGACAGUCUCAUCCUGGAGCAUCAAUGGGAGCUGGAGAAAAUGGAGCAGCUGCAUGAGGUGGAGAAGACCCGCCACCUCCUCCUACUGAGGGACAAACUGGGAGAGUCGGCUCCCGUGGGAUCGGCGCCAGCCAGCAAAUCCCUCAGCGAGUUGCUGUCUCCAAGCAUGAGCUCGGGCACCUUGUCCACCUCCACUUCCAUCUCCUCGCAGAUCUCCAGUACCACCUUUGAGAGCGCCAUCACGCCCAGUGAGAGCAGCGGCUACGACUCCGCCGACAUCGAGAGCCUGGUUGAUCGCGAGAAGGAGCUGGCCACGAAGUGCCUCCGCCUCCUGACUCACACAUUCAACAGCGAGUACAACCAGUUGGUGAACAGCAUCAGCGACUGCAAGCUCUCCGACAUCUCCCCCAUGGGACGUGACCUGUCGGUGACCAGCUUCAGCAGCGCCACACUCACGCCCUCCUCCACCUGCCCCUCGCUCUCAGACUCCCGCUGUGGCUCUGUAGAACAGAAAACUCCAGAGAACUGUUCCCGUGCGUCCAGCCCAUCCUGCUCAGACUAUGAAAACUUCCCCAUGGUUCCCACCCUGGAGGCUUCCUACCUGGCACGUGCGGGGAAGAACGAAUUCCUCAACUUGGUGCCUGAUAUCGAAGAAAUGAGGCCAGGAUCUGUCGUGUCAAAGAAGGGUUUCCUAAGCUUCAUGGAGCCUCGCUCCAACUCGUGGGUGAAGCACUUUGUGGUCGUGCGGCGGCCUUACGUCUUCAUCUACAACAGCGACAAGGACCCGGUGGAGCGGGGGGUCCUUAACCUUUCCACAGCGCAAGUGGAAUACAGUGAAGACCAGCAGGCCAUGCUCAAGACACCCAACACAUUUGCUGUGUGCACAAAGCACCGAGGAAUCCUCCUGCAGGCCAACAAUGAGAAAGACAUGAACGACUGGCUGUACGCCUUUAACCCUCUGCUUGCCGGAACGAUAAGGUCCAAGCUGGCGAGAAGGCGUAGUGGCCACAUCAAGAACUGAAGUGGACACCACAAGCUAUAUUCUUUCGAAACGCCUUUGAACAUACCAAGUGUUAAUACCUAUUAAUCGAUUGUGAUUCUUGACAGUUUUCUCUUGUAAGUAGACUUGUGGCUUAACAUCUCCUCUCUUGCGAUUUCUGUCUCCCCCUACCCCCUUCCUGCUCAGCUUUUUGCGUUUUGGUUUAUUCACGACAAGGUCUAAUUUUGUCCUUGCUUCGCUCUCAUUCGCGUCUCUAGCGAGUAGCAUGUCGUGAUAGUCCAAUCGUGUGCACGUUUCUGCUGAAAAUGUUUCUCUAGCCACUCAUUUUCUGUUUGCCAAUCAUCUGUGAAAAUGUCUCCCGGUGUUAUUGUCACCCGGUUUUGAUUCAGUUUUGUUUUUUGUUUUUUUUUUUUCUGUACUUAACCGCAGCAGUCCUCAGGAGAACACCCACUUUGCUUAUUGAAGCACUAACAAAAUAAUGGGAUUAAAUCGUGACGGGGAAAAUGUAUUAUCUCCAAGGGAUGCGUCUGCUUUACGCAAAGCAACACGCGUUGAAGAACAUUUGCUGCUAACGUAGUCUUUUUUUAGAAGAGUUGCUUCAGGUUUCCGCCUCGUCCAAACGUAAGAGGCGGCUCCCAAAUGGCCUUUAGAAAACAAACCUACAUAACAAACUGCGUCUUUAGGCUCUCAUCUGAGUGACGACAGCGAUGGACUUUCUCCACGCCGUGCUGUGUAGCCACAUCCCCAUGUCGAUAACUCCGCUGUAGGGCAAACUCUCUGUGAAUGGGUUCAGAUCUGAUUCCUCACAUGAGCGAGACAUACAGGAAGAUGAGCUUUGGAUGUUUUAACGUCUACUCCAGGCGUGGGGAACCAAUACGGCCCAUGAGAGCAUUUCCCCCCUUUGUGUAAUUCUAAACGCAGGCAAAACCUCAGAGAAACUGUAUAAAAAUAUAUGUAGAGACAGAUCCGCAGUAUAUAUAUAUCGAAAUCAUGUCACGCACAACUACUAAUAAUAUAUAAUGGUAAAAAACGUUUUCACUCGAAAUGGCCCCUGAUAGGAAAAAGGUUCCCCACUCCUGUUGCACCCACACCGACUCGAGCCCUUUUGGCUCUGCGCAUGCUUUUCAUGGUUGUGAAGAUGAAGGAAGGCGCAGCAUUGAAUGGAUGAAGCUGCUCGCAUUCGAUAUCCACUCAAGGUCAUCACACUGUCAGCGCCAUAUGUUCUCUUCCUUUUCCCUUUCGCAGUCUGCUUGUUUUUGUUGCUGUUAACCUGUUUUGUGUUCCACUUUUAAUAAUUUAAUAAGGAGGUUUUAUAUGAAAUGUGGCAGGGCAUUUGUUACUAUUUUUGAGUCGGCUUCAUUGGUGUUUUAACCUGAUAUGUUUUGUUUGUUGUUUUUUUUUUUUGGCAUGUGUACACUAUAGCAAGACAAGGGUCGAAAUGCACAUAUCAAGGUUACACUGGAUGGCUGUUACACAAAAGGGUUAUUUGAAAGAAAAUAUUUUCAAGGGACGAAACUAAACAAAUCCUUUUAAUUCAUGCUAUUGUUUUCGGAAAAUAGUUGCUCUGUGCAUCAUUGGCUCCACCGAGCUCCCGCUCAAAUCAUUUUAAUGCCUCUAUUGUGAAGUGUGACCGUUAUGUGAUUGGUACAGAUGGGUGAAUUUUUUUAAAACUCUGGCCAGCCAACCAGAGGUUUUCCCCCUGUGUACGAGAUGAAAACAUUUACAUGGAAUGAAGGUGAACAGAGGCACCAAGACUGCUUUUAUUUGCUCCCAAUCGACUUGACGCAAUCUCAAACGUCAUCAGCAACAUUUUUUUUUUUCCUCAGGUCAGCCACCCUGCUGGUCAACAAAUUAUGUCUGAUGACUUUUGAGAUGUUUUUUUUUUUUGUAUUCGUUUUCACUUCUUCGGGAGAUAUUUUUGCAUUCCUUAUUUAAAUAUAUUUUUUGCCAGAGCAGAUAUUUUCCACCCGUGUGGCUAAUUUACAGAUUUCUCAUACUUUGGAGUGUCUAUUUAUGGUUUGCAAUGUACAUAUUAGUUUGCAGUUCUUUGCACAUAUUAAGAAAAAAAAAGUUCAACUAACGGAUCAAAAUCUGCACGGUUUAGUUGCUCUUGAACCAAAUGAAGUGGCGUGGGAAUGGAAUGUUCCGUGAAGAUGUGUGUAUGUCUAGUUCACUCGUGAUGGGGGUUAAAAAAAAAAAAAAAGUACCAAAAUGAAGCUUGUUGUUCCUUGUAGGGGGCAGUUGGCGGUAUUUGGUGCUCCUUUUUUUUUUUCUUUCUUUAGAAAGGGAUUCAAGUGAAAGUCUGCCUGUGAGUGCAAGCAUAUUCACGCUCUACUCAUACUAGCCAGCCAUGUAAAUUCUAACCCUCGUCGGUUUUUAUUUUAUCUUAUAUCAGGGAUUAUAAUACGAAGUAGCUCAUGGUGUCUAAAAUGACUAAUCCGUUAUUGUUUGUGCUUCUUUCUUCACCUCGACACGUUUCCGUUGAUGCCUUUCGAAACAGAACAAUGAGGAUCAGUUAACCCUUUGGAGUCACCAAAAGUUUCAACUUGAAAAGGCAAACAUUAACAUUGUACAUGACUCGUUUUCGUUUUCCAUUGCUUAUUUUGUAAAUAUCUGUGUCGUACGGAGCUUGAAUUAAAAAUGUAAAUAUGUUUACUGUAUUUGUAAUAAUUAUAACCCAUUCGCUGUAUAGCAUAGAUGUGUCAUGCAGAUAUCCUAAUCACUGUGUAUGGUAAACCUGCACCAUUGGUCUGUCUAGUGAAUGAGGAAACAAUAAAAGUGCAAACUGGCAAGAA